AUGUGGAUGCUGGUACCCGUUGCGUUCGCUCUCAAGAUGCUGAGCGUCUUCCUGCAGCCCCUGGGCUCCGUGUGGAGCAGCUUGGGGCCCCUGUUCCUCCAGCUCCGGGCAGCAUCUUGGCUGGCAGGGGGCGAGAGGAACCGGCUGCUCCAGGGCAGGAGGGAAGCGGGGGAGCCCAGCAGGGCGGAGGGAGAGGGCGGCGGCGACCUGCCCACUACUCCCACCAGCGUCAAUUACCACUUCACGCGCCAGUGCAACUACAAGUGCGGCUUCUGCUUCCACACAGCCAAAACGUCCUUCGUGCUGCCGCUGGAGGAGGCCAAGAGAGGUCUGCUGAUGCUGAAAGAAGCAGGUAUGGAGAAGAUCAACUUCUCAGGCGGGGAGCCGUUCCUCCAGGACCGGGGAGAGUACCUGGGCAGGCUGGUGAAGUUCUGCAAGCAGGAGCUGCAGCUGCCCAGCGUCAGCAUCGUCAGCAACGGGAGCCUGAUCCGCGAGAGCUGGUUCCAGAAGUACGGUGAAUAUUUGGACAUUCUCGCCAUCUCCUGUGACAGCUUUGACGAGCAGGUCAACGUCCUUAUCGGCCGUGGUCAAGGAAAGAAGAACCACGUGGAAAAUCUCCAGAAACUGAGGACAUGGUGUAAGGAAUACAGAGUGGCCUUCAAGAUAAACUCAGUCAUCAAUCGAUUCAACGUGGACGAGGAUAUGAAGGAACAGAUAAAUGCGCUGAACCCCGUCCGCUGGAAGGUCUUCCAGUGUCUCAUAAUUGAGGGUGAGAAUUCUGGAGAAGAUGCUCUGAGAGAAGCAGAACGGUUCGUGAUCAGCGAUGAGGAGUUUGAAGCGUUCUUAGAUCGCCACAAGGACGUGUCCUGCUUGGUGCCCGAGUCUAACCAGAAGAUGAGAGAUUCCUACCUUAUUCUGGAUGAAUAUAUGCGCUUCCUGAACUGUAGAAAUGGUCGGAAGGAUCCUUCCAAGUCCAUCUUGGACGUGGGUGUAGAAGAAGCUAUAAAAUUCAGUGGCUUUGAUGAGAAGAUGUUUCUAAAGCGAGGAGGGAAAUAUGUGUGGAGCAAAGCAGAUCUGAAGUUAGACUGGUGA